UCCAUGAGGAGCAGUGGAAGAUGCCGGCUCUGCCAGCACUGCUGCUGUCGAUUUACAUCACUGUCCUUCUGCUGACCAUGGCACCGCUCUCCUUCAGCCAGGCCAACACACUCUCUGCCGUCCGAAUGGCGGCCAUUUUGGAUGAUCAGUCAGCAUGUGGUCGUGGUGAGCGUCUGGCGCUGGCUCUGGCGAGGGAGAACAUCAACAGUCUGAUGGAGGGCUCCUCCCAGGCGAGGGUGGAGGUGGAUGUCUACGAGCUGCAGAAGGACUCCCAGUAUGACACCACUGACACCAUGUGUCAGAUCCUGCCAAAAGGCGUGGUCUCUGUGAUUGGGCCCGCCUCCAGCCCCGCCUCCGGGUCUACCAUCAGUCACAUCUGUGGGGAGAAAGAGAUUCCUCACGUGAAGAUCGGUCCGGAGGAAACUCCGAAGCUCCCCUACCUUCGCUUUGCCUCAGUGACUCUUUACCCGAGUAAUGAGGACCUGAGCCUGGCCAUUGGAUCCAUCCUGCGCUCCUUUGGCUACCCGACAACCAGCCUCGUCUGUGCCAAAGCAGAGUGCCUGCUGCGAUUGGAGGAGCUGGUCCACCGCUUCCUCAUCUCCAGGGAGACACUGUCGGUGCGAAUGCUGGACGACAGCCUGGACCCCACCCCCUUGCUGAAGGAGAUCCGUGACGACAAAGUGGCCACCAUCAUCAUCGAUGCAAACGCCUCCAUCUCUUAUCACAUCCUUAGGAAGGCAAACGAGUUGGGGAUGACGUCAGCCUUCUACAAGUACAUCCUCACCACCAUGGACUUCCCUCUGCUGCGGCUGGAUGAUGUGGUGGGCGAUCAGUCCAACAUUCUGGGCUUCUCAAUGCUGAACAGCAGUCAUCCCUUCUACCUGGAGUUCAUCCGGAGCCUCAAUUUGUCCUGGAGGGAAGGCUGCGAUAUCAGCCCGUACCCAGGACCAGCGCUGUCGUCGGCCCUAAUGUUUGAUGCAGUUCACGUGGUGGUGAGCGCUGUGCGGGAGCUGAACCGCAGUCAGGAGAUUGGAGUGAAGCCGCUAAGCUGCACGUCUCCGCUUAUCUGGCAGCAUGGAACCAGUCUUAUGAACUACCUACGCAUGGUGGAGUAUGAUGGCCUGACGGGUCACAUUGAGUUCAACAGUAAAGGCCAGAGGACCAAUUACACCCUGAAGAUCCUGGAGAAACACCCCGUGGGCCACAAAGAGAUUGGUAUCUGGUACUCCAACAACACGUUGGCCAUGAACUCCACUUCCCUCGACCUCAACGCAUCAGAGACGCUGGCUAACAAGACACUAAUCGUCACCACAAUACUGGAAAACCCAUACGUGAUGCGGAAGGCCAAUUACCAAGACUUACAGGGUAACGACCAGUAUGAAGGUUUCUGUGUGGACAUGCUGCGGGAACUGUCAGACAUCUUGAAGUUUUCCUUUAAGAUCAAGCUGGUGGACGACGGGCUGUACGGAGCCCCAGAGCCCAACGGCAGCUGGACUGGCAUGGUGGGAGAAUUGAUCAAUCGGAAAGCAGACCUGGCAGUGGCCGGCUUCACUAUCACGUCAGAGAGAGAGAAGGUGAUCGAUUUCUCCAAACCCUUCAUGACUCUGGGGAUCAGCAUCCUCUACAGGGUUCAUCUGGGCCGUAAACCAGGUUACUUCUCUUUCCUGGAUCCUUUCUCUCCGGCUGUCUGGCUCUUCAUGCUGUUGGCUUACCUCGCCGUCAGCUGUGUCCUCUUCCUCGCCGCCAGGCUCAGCCCUUAUGAGUGGUACAACCCCCACCCAUGCCUGCGGGAGCGGCGGGACAUCCUGGAGAACCAGUAUACGCUGGGAAACAGUCUGUGGUUCCCAGUGGGUGGCUUCAUGCAGCAGGGCUCAGAGAUCAUGCCCCGGGCUCUGUCCACACGCUGUGUCAGCGGAGUCUGGUGGGCGUUCACCCUCAUCAUCAUCUCGUCUUACACGGCCAACCUGGCGGCAUUUCUGACCGUCCAGAGGAUGGAGGUUCCCAUCGAGUCUCCAGACGAUCUGGCUGACCAAACCAACAUCCAGUACGGCACUAUCCACGGAGGAUCUACCAUGACCUUCUUCAUGAACUCACGGUACCAGACGUACAUGCGGAUGUGGAACUACAUGUACUCCAAACAGCCCAGUGUAUUUGUGAAGAGCACCGAGGAAGGCAUCGCCCGCGUCCUCAACUCCAAGUACGCCUUCCUGAUGGAGAGCACCAUGAACGAGUACUACCGCAGUCUCAACUGCAACCUCACACAGAUUGGAGGACUGCUGGACACCAAAGGAUACGGCAUUGGCAUGCCUCUGGGCUCUCCGUACAGAGAUGAAAUCACUCUGGGGAUCUUACAGCUGCAGGAGAGCAACAGGCUGGAGAUCCUGAAGAGACGCUGGUGGGAAGGAGGACAGUGUCCCAAAGAAGAGGACCACCGAGCCAAAGGUCUCGGCAUGGAGAACAUUGGAGGGAUAUUCGUGGUCCUGAUCUGCGGCCUCAUCAUUGCCGUCUUCGUGGCCAUCAUGGAGUUUGUGUGGGCGACGCGCCGCACCGCCGAGACGGACGAGGUAAACCUUCAUCAUCAUCCUCCUCCUCUUCCUCUCUCGUCCUCCUCCUCCUGCCCUGCCCCCGGCCUCAACCUCAGCUCAAACACCUCAGUCUCUGUUUGUCAGGAAAUGCUAACAGAGUUUCGGAACGCUGUCUCCUGUAAGAAGAGUUCUCGCUCUCGACGCCGCAGGCCACUGAGCAGCGCUGGUGGCGGGGUCCUGCGUCACCCGUCCCGCCUGGCUCUGGCUGCGCCACGCCCCAUCCGCCUGGUCCGUGAGAUGCGUCUCAGCAACGGCAAACUAUACAGUGGUACCGGCUCGCUGACAGGUGGGCUGGGGGGAGGUCUGGGAGGAGGUCCUGAUUUGGGCCCAGGGCCACAGAGGCUCUUGGAGGACCCACUAGGCGCUAACGCUACCACCAGCACGCCUCCUCCCCCUCCUCCAGCAUCGGCACUGGUGGCUCCUCCCGCCCCACUGCGCAGCUUCCUGCAGGGCUGCAGCCACGUGCGCAUCUGCCAGGAGUGCCGGCGGAUCCAGAGCCUGAGGCCAGCCACGCUCACACCUCCCCCACCUCCCCCUCCUUCAUCAUCCUCCUCUGCCUCCUCCUGCUCCCGGAUCCCUCCUUCUGGGAUGACGUCAGGUCACCACCUCCGCCACAACCCCCACCACCACCUCCACUACCACCACGGCUCCAUGUCGCUGCCCCGCCUCCCGCCGCCACCUCCUCCGAUCCCAGCAGACAGAGCCGACAGCGAUGGAGGUGGGGGGACAGGGAGCCCACGACGGGCAAGUACCAAACCGCCGCCACCACCUCGGCCACUGCCUCCACCCAAGACGCCAACACGCCCACCAUCAGACUUAUUGUCAGGGCACAACUGA